UAGGUUCUAUAUCUUAUCAUGAUUAUAUUUGUAUAAUAUGUGAUUUCAAUUUUUCAGUCAUGUUAAAUAAAUUAUCGGCUCCAUAAAGGAUUUCUAAAUUUUUCACGCUCUUUACGAGGAUAAAAACAUCAUGUAAAAUCUAAAAUAACUUCACCUAAUCUUAAUAUUAUUGUUUCAUAUUACUGUUAGGGAAGGGCCAAGGAUUUUUCUAUUUUAGAAUUAAAAACGCUGGGUGUUAAUUUUUGCUAUUAAAACACAAAUCGCGGCCAUUUUCAGAUUUGUAGAGCUUAAGUUAGAGUCGUAUUAUCAUAAUAAACUAUUGCACAAUGUUAUGAAAUCAAAAACAACAACAAAAUACAUAGGUAUUAUAGACUAUACAUAAACGAUAUCUAAUAUGGGUGUGUUAAUUAUGUAAAUUAUAUAUACAUCAGGAACUUACGAGAAAAGCUUCAGAAGUAUUACUUUAGUAUUUACUCCAUUUUUUUUUCAAUUCAACCAAAUCUGUCUCAAUAGCCAACAUUGUUUUUAAACAACUUAAAAAUAGGUGAAUGUUUACAAUUUAGUUGUUAUUUUUAUGUAUUCAAGUUGAAAACAAAUGACGUAAAAAUAUAGAGCGUUCAAAUUUGGAACAAGAAGCAACAAAAUGUAGAGCCCGCAUCAAAUAACCUACAAGUUACGAGUCAGUUUCAAUUAGACCAAUCAUACAACAUGCUUUAUUAAAUGGGGAAUCUGAUUGUAUCUGACAAACCCUUUAAGACACGUGCUAAUAAAACAGGAGUCGAGUGAAUGGAUGCUUUCAAAAAUAUUAAGUUUUUGCUGCAAGUUGUGUUAAGAAGAAAAUACUUGUACAACCAUCCCUAAUUAACAACUGUCCUUUUUAAAACAAGAUAGUUUUAUGUCUUAAGCGGGUUUGAAACUUUUAUGAAGGUAUGACUAUUACCAUACAAAAGUUUAAUUAUUGUUUUAAUUUUACCUCAGCAGCUCUAUCUCUUUAGCUCUACCUAAAUAACUUACUUGGACAAUACAAGCAAACAGAAUAAUGUCGUUAUGUUUGUAAUAAACGAAACCCGCUCUACCGGUGUUUUGAAUGACAUAGAACUUGAAAAUUUACAUAGCAUUAUGAGAUAUAAACAUAAUCAUCGAUCUAUUCAAUACAGUUAACGAUCGACCGCCUUACAAAUAACUAGUGUUGUGAACUUCAUGGAGAUAUAAAACUCUUUGGUCUAAGUUUCAGUGGAAUACAGAUAAUAAAAGUGUUUAUUGCUUUGAGGCGCGAUGAAGCAGCGGGUCGCGACUGAUGAACGUCCCUUCCAACCGACCACUACGAAUGGUAGUGGAGCGGGUCGGGACUCCCCCAGUGAACCAUACUCGGAUGCUGGACCAGAAGCGACUUUGGUCGUUCCCCCGGACGGCGGUUGGGGUUGGGUGGUAGUCGCCGCCUCCUUCAUGUGCAACUUCAUAAUAGACGGCAUCAUUUUAUCUGGAGGAGUCCUCAACGAUGGAAUUAAGAAAGAAUUUAAUGUUUCCGAAGGAGAGGUUGCCUUUGUUAACUCUUUACUAGCGGGCUGGUAUCUACUUGGAGGACCUUUCGUAUCAGCUUUAGCAAACAAAUACGGAUUCCGGAUGGUGACCACUAUCGGAAGUAUCGUCUCGACCCUAUCAUUCGCUUCGUGUUACUACGCCCCGAACAUUGUGUAUCUCUACAUAGUAUAUGGCUGCAUCGGAGGCAUUGGUCUUGGCAUGAUAUUCAUGCCAGCCGUUUUGACGGUCGGAUUUUACUUCGAGAAAUGGAGAGCUCUUGCAACAGGUGUUGCGUUAUGUGGCUCUGGAGUCGGCUGUUUCAUUAUGGCGCCUUUUACAACUUACUUAAAGGACAGUUACGGUUGGAGAAUGACUAUAUUAAUUCAUGCAGGAUUUGUAUUAGUUUGCACUCUACUCGGAAGUACAUUCCGACCAAUCCGUCCAGUCCGCGUUACUUUAGAACCGAGAGAAGAAGUGUCCACCCGUCGCCACGAAGAGGCUGUUGAGAAACUUAACUCUAUGUUACAACUACAUCAAAGCAAACUCGACACCACCCUUACAAUGCCGCCAGAAAUGAAGUUUACAAACAAAGUGAGCCCUCACACCUGGAUGGGAGUUUCAAAUAACACCAGGUACCCGACGGCUGAAGAAGUAUUCCGACAAAGUUCAACUCAACUAGACCACAGAAGAUCCUCUGCUGUUUCUGGUACAAUUAAGAAUACCCUUGGGAACAAACCUAUGUUUAUUGACACCGCAGUAGCAGAAAAAGACGAGCAAGACGAGAACAAUACCGUUGAUAACACCGAGCCAUUGAUCCAACCCACAUUGAGAGUUAUGUCGCAGUCCAAUUACAACAGCCGCCGCCGCUCAACAGUUGACUUGUACAGGCCUUUGUACCGAGAUGACAUAUUCUUUGGAGCGAGUUUGAAAAGACUACCGCAGUACACGUCACGAAACUCUAUCGGCUACCACUUGGCCAUGACUCACGUUCCUACUGAGGAAGAAGCUAAGGAAGAGACAUCAGGAAGAUGCCAUCUUUGUCCAGAAGCUGUACGCAGAGCAUUGGCUACCCUGCUGGACGUGAGCCUCUUUAAAUCAAUAACAUUCCUGGUUUUGGCUCUGAGUGGGUUCUUUACGAUGUUAGGAUUCUUCGUACCGUUUAUGUUCUCUGCCCCAAGAGCCAAGGAGAAUGGUAUGGAACCCGUGAUGGCUGUGUGGUUGGUCCCGACAAUUGGAGUAGCUAAUAUCAUUGGUCGUAUAACGUGCGGCCUGAUAUCAUCGGUGCCGCGAGUAUCUCCGCUGUGGGUGAACAAUUUGGCGCUGACGGCUGGAGGUAUCGCCUCAAUGAUGAGUGGACUGAGUACCGCCAUAUCCUUCCACCUAUUUUACUCCAUAGUAUUUGGACUAGCUGUUGCCUGUUUCGCAUCUUUGCGGUCCAUUCUGGUCGUGGAGUAUCUGGGGCUGGAAAACCUAACUAACUGCUUCGGGCUUUUCCUACUGUUCCAAGGCGCUGGAGCUCUAUUGGGAGCACCGAUAGCUGGUAAACUGUACGACUACACACAAGACUACAACGUAUCGUUCUGCGUUUCUGGUGGUUUCCUUCUUUUAUCGGCGCUCAUGUGCUACCCAGUCAACAGGAUUAGCAGGUGGGAGAAAAGUCGCAACGAGAGGAAGCAAAUAGAAAGCAUCUUCACCCACCCUGACACACAAACUAACAUGAAACCAAACCCAUUAAAAACGGAAGGACAAACGAACGGACAAGCGAAAAGACAGAACAACGCACAGCUAAAAGUUUAAUAGCUGAAGUUAAAAGAUAAUGGACACAUUGUUACGGACAAAUUUGGUGCCAAAAGAAUAAAUAAUGUGAACACGGUUAGCUGGUUGGUGAGUGCAUCAAACGAUACGUAGCCGGCAUUCAACCGUCUAUAAUAGUAAGGAUGAAUGAUUAAUUGUGCCGCAGUAUAUUUUAAUACUGGCAACAUUCUCGUAUUCAUGAAUGACCUUACACGUAAGUGAUCGCAAUUACUGCUAUUGUAACGGUUUUAUCAUUACUCUAGCGCCAUUCGUUCAUGAAUAUGGAAAUCUCCUUUUGUAAGACUUGGAUUUGUUUAAUUACAUUUUUAAUAAAAUGUAUUUAGUUUUAUGUUAGUUUUAUACAGACAGAUUUUGAGAUAUCAAGUAAUAUGUCAAUUUAAUAUUAAUUUAAUAAUUAUAAUAUCUAAAGUGUCCUAAUCAUGUACCUCGAAUACGAAAUUAUGGAUUAGAAACAUUCCCAAUAGUAAAUCUUUGACAAAACUGCAACCUUUGAGAGGUUUGCAAUGAUUCGGUUAAGUCAGAUUAAUGCAUUUAUUGUAGGUUUAGAGGAUUAAAAAGUACAAAGACUCGAAAUGUAAAGGUAGUUUCACAGUUUUGUCGAAGUUGCCCAUAUGAUGGAAAUCUGAAGCCAAAAUGUACUUUAAUUAUAGUCUGUUAGAUACUAUUGUGUGUGCCUAGGUUAUAAUAACUUAAAAUUGGUGCAUAAUAUAAGACUAUUUUAUAAGUAAUUUGUUGUAAAUAAAUAUUGCAUAUCAGUGUGCGAGAUGCGUGAUAAUGAUAACCAUAUGGAUGGGUUUAAAUUUUGGAUUGAUUGUGCCUUACUGUGCAAAGAGACUCGUUUAUUUUAUAAAUAUUCGUAUCUACUUUUACAAACGAUACUUACUCUUGUUAAAUGUUAAUUAUUACAAUAGUUUAAUUAUAAAAUGGGAAUAAGUAUUUCCUUAUGUAUUGCACAUCACAUGCAGUGAUUAUAGGACUUAAAAUGUGUUACUAACAUAUUGUGAAUAAUUAGGACUAUAACUGUGGCUGUGGUCUUAUAACAUGUCUGUUUUAAAAUAAGAAAUCAUAGUCAUUUGUUUUCGAAUAAGAUAAUAAUUGGAGUGGUUUCAGAACAGCGUUUUUUUGCGGUCGCAUCUAUGACUAAAAAAUUAAGUGCGUAUGACACGCACUUAAUUUUUUUUGGUUUCAAAGUUAUUUCAAAAUUAUUUUCAGAUUAUUCGGAAAAGUCUUGCGGCUCGCCCUGAUACUAGUUCAUUAUCGUGUCAACGCUUUUAAGUUAUGUUUUUGGUAUAAGUUAAAAAUACAUAACUUACUUAUAAAACGCUAGUCUGAAACCGCCUUUAGUUUAUACGGAUUGAACAAACUCAUUUAUCUAUAGAAUAAAUCAAAUACGUUAUGAAAAAAACCUUCAAAAACAUAAUAUAUAGAAAUAUACAUUUAUAGUCUUUAAAUUAUUAAAUUUAGAUCAUGUAAGUUUUAAACUGAAACAGCAGUCAAUAGUAAAAAAAAUGAAUGCAGCCUUUGCCUAUAUUGAUUUAAUUAAUUACAUCCUUUGUUAAGUCCUAGCUACCGCAUUAGGUUAAGUAACCUGUAAUGGUAGAUUAGUGUGAUUAUUAAAUAAAUAAAUAAAAUCAUUGGUGCUAAGCCUACGUUCCUGAGUAACAUUUUAUAAUGAACCUACACGGCUUUCAUAACAAUUAGCAUUUAAUAUUAUUCAGGAGGAUUAUAAUUUUUCGAAUAACUGUACAAAUUGUGACCAUAUAUUUGUAUAAAAAUGAUAGGUAGAGUCUUGUGUUCGUAUGUGUAUAUGUGAAAACCUUGUUAAUGUAGAUUUUUUUUUGAUGGUGACUAUGAUUUUUUUCUUAAGUAUGUUAAUCGAUGCCACAGUGCCAUAUACUUAGUGUGCAGUAAGAUUGUUCAGUACCUACGUGCGUCUGGACUAGUUGUCUUGCCGCAGAUCAUGACAAAAUGUCAAGAAAAAUGCCUUGUUUUUUGAAGAAUGCAUGUAAACCAUUUUCCUUGGCCCUUUAAAAUAUACGAUAUUUGCCAAAUAGUC